CGUGCGCCGUCUCGCGAUAUGACGACCCGCAUACGCACUCGUCGUGCGCGUCACCUUUCGUGUCCUGGCACUGCAGAAGAUGGCGGCUUCAGUGUGCAGAGCCGGUAGCGCGGUGGGGCGAGCUCUAGUGAAGGCUAGGGCGCCUGCUUUUCUGGGUCUCAGGAGAAGCCAAGGUGUUGCAACUUACGCUCAAACACUUCUAAGUAUUCCUGAAACCAAGGUGACCAAUCUUGAAAAUGGCUUUAAAGUUGCUUCAGAGGAUUCAAACCAGGGUACAUGCACGGUUGGAGUAUGGAUUGAUGCUGGCAGCAGAUAUGAAUCGGGAAAAAAAAAUGGGUCUGCAUAUUUUGUUGAGCAUAUGACCUUCAAGGGCACAAAAAAACGCCCACAGGCUGUUUUAGAGCAGGAAGUUGAAAGCAUGGGUGCACAUCUUAGUGCCUACACAUCAAGAGAACAGACAGCUGUUUUCAUGAAAACAAUGACAAAAGAUAUGCCUAAAGCUGUGGAAAUUCUGGCAGAUAUGGUUCUUAACAGCUCCCUGGGAGAUUCUGAACUGGAGAAAGAGCGCAGUGUAAUAUUACAGGAGCUACAGGAAGUAGAGUCCAAUCUGAAGCACGUCUGUUUUGACUUCCUGCAUGCCACUGCCUUCCAGGGAUCCCCUCUAGCUCGCACUGUUUUUGGGACGUCUGAUAACAUUAAAUCCUUGUCUCGCAGUGAUCUUGUUGAGUAUAUCAACACCCACUACAAAGCUCCCCGUAUGGUUCUGGCAGCUGCUGGAGGAGUGAAUCAUGGUGAACUGGUUAACCUGGCUAAACAGCAUUUUGGAAGUGUGUCAUUUGAGUAUGAUGGAGAUGCUGUUCCAGUUCUGUCACCAUGCCGUUUCACUGGAAGUCAGAUCCAACUACGUGAUGAUGCUCUGCCUCUUGCCCAUGUCGCCAUUGCUGUAGAAGGUGUAGGUAUCAACAGCCCUGACCUUGUACCCCUCAUGGUAGCCAGUAGUAUGAUUGGAAGCUAUGAUACCACCUGUGGUGGAGGCAAGAAUCUGAGUGGCAGCCUUGCUCGUGUUGCAGCGGAGGAAAAGCUCUGCCAAAGUUUUCAGGCUUUCAACACCUGCUAUUCUGACACAGGGUUGUUUGGUGUUUACUUUGUAACGGAUGGUCACCACAUUGAAGACAUGAUGCACAAUGUUCAGGGACAGUUGUUGAUGCUGUGCACCAGUGUGACUACUGGCGAGUUGGAGAGGGCCAAGAAUGUUCUGAAAACUAACCUGGUUGGUCAACUCAAUGGCACCACACCUGUGGCUGAUGACAUUGGUCGGAACGUCCUAAGCUUUGGACGCAGGAUCUCAUUAGCAGAGUGGAGUGAAAAAAUUGAUGCUGUCAGCCCAAAAAUGCUUCAGGAUGUCUGCUACAAGUAUAUCUAUGAUACUUGUCCUGCUGUGGCAGCUGUAGGCCCUGUUGAACAGCUCCCAGAUUACAACCGAAUCCGCAGUGCCAUGUACUGGCUUCGACUAUAAAGGCCCUGCCUGCCUGUGUUUCAGCAGGUCUACUUCACUAUCCCGGCUUUCUAUGGUCAUUCAUUUUAUUGUAGACUCUUCUUUUGCUGUGAUACCAUCAUCACGUUUUGAAACAACAGUCCCAGCUUCCAAGUGCUUGAAUAAUGUUUUUUUUUAUUCUUUCUUUUAAAAUUGACUUAAAAGAAGGCAAUAGUACUGGAAACAAAGGUUAAUUAAAUAUUAUACGUGACACCGGGCUCUUUACUGUUUGAUCUGAACAACCCUUAUUUGUAAAUAAACUGAAACACUUGAUUA